CUUGAAGGAUCCAUUCCUAAAUUUUUUUGGAUUCUUUUAAAUUUGGGUUGGCAAAAGAAUAUGAGAUUGAUUUCUUCUAAGUUGAUUCAUCUUUUUCGACUAAAAUCAUGGCAAAAGAAAAAAAUUUAUCUAGACAAUUAUUCUCUGAGCUCACUGUUCACUUUCUCUCUCAAAAACAAAUUUGUAGAUCUAGUUUUUAUUUGGCGUGAAUUUCGUUUUCUUAUGGUUGAUUGUUACUGUUUUCUUAUGGUUGAUCGUUUUCUUCCUAAGUUGCUCUUAUUUUUAUUUUUAUUUUUUUGGUUUAGAUCCACCGGCAAAAUCACUGAGAACAAAAAAAAAAGCUUCUAUUUGUUAUUCUCUCAAUUGUUUCUAUUUUUCAUUUCUCUUCUUUCUUCUUCUUCAUCUUCAUCAGCUCUUUGAUUUUUUUGAAUCUUGAUCUGUGAGGAAAGACUCUUUGAAUCUCUCUAUCUCUCUGCUCAAGACGUGAAUUUGAGGCAAACCCAUUACGAAUGGAUCAACUCCUUCUACUUCAUUGGCUAUCACAAGACCAGCGUCCUCAGCUGCUGAUCAGGGUUUGAUGAUUCUCCAAUCUCCAAAAGUAGCGUUCUACAGGAGAUCCAAAACUAUAAAGGGUAAACGCAUGCCUUCGUCAUGUAAAGAGAAAGACCAAGUGAAAGAAGAGCCUGUAGGAUACAAUGAUGCUCUCAUCUCGAUCCUUCCCUCUUUCCCUGGGAUUAAGAAGCUUCAAAAAAAAUGGUCAUCUGAGGAGGAUGAGGAGCUCAUUGCUGCUGUGAAGCGACAUGGUGAAGGCAGCUGGGCCCUUAUUGCUAAGGAAGAAUUUAAAGGAGAGCGAACACCCUCACAACUCUCACAGGUUCGUAGGAUUUUUGUUGCAGGUUCGUGUAGCUCUUCAAGAUUUUGUCAAUUUAAGACCGAUAACAGUGAGUAUCUCUCAUUAGCAGAUCACUGCUUAUGAUCAUCUGGGAGUUUACUGGAGGUCAGUAAUUAGUGUUUACACAGAAACUCUCUCUCUCUCUCUCUCUCUCUCUCUCUCUCUCUCUCUCUCUCUCAUCUUCUUCCAAAGAGUUCUCGGUGACCAGAGAAUUUGAUUUUGAAAUCUGUAAAUUUUGAUGAAAUUCUUCUUCGAAUUAUCAAAUGGUGGGUGAAUUUGGUGAGAUUGAUUUGCCUCUUUAGCAAUGACCUAUGCUUCUUCCAUGUCUGCUGCAUUUUCUUUUCUU